AUGGACAAACCAUACAGAGGAUUCACGAUAGCUUCCCUGACUGCUAACCUGAAUUUGGUGGGUCCCCUUUGCUUACUUAAAGUCCCUGCCCUUCCGUUCCAGGAAACCUGCCGAAAAUGCCAAGGCCUCUGGAAAGAACACAUGAACCUCACUUGUGAGCAGCUGGCUGAAAAGGACGACAUUAAAUACAGAACAUCCAUAGAAGAGAAGAUGACAGCAGCCUGCAUCAGGAAGUGCCACAAAUGCGCCACCGGCUUGAUCAAAUCAGAAGGCUGCAACCGCAUGUCAUGUCGUUGCGGGGCCCAGAUGUGCUACCUCUGCCGAGCGGCCAUUAAUGGCUACGACCACUUCUGCCAGCACCCUCGUUCCCCGGGAGCCCCGUGCCAAGACUGCGCGAAGUGUUCCCUUUGGACGGACCCCACGGAGGAGGAUGAGAAGAUCAUCCACGAAAUUCAGAAGGAAGCGGAAGAAGAACAAAAGAGAAAGAACGGAGAAAACACUUUUAAGCGGAUCGGCCCUCCGGCAGAAAAACCCGCCGAGAAGAUCCCGCGGAUUGAAGCCAUCCCCAGGCCGGUUCCCCAGAACCUCCACCACCACCACCACCACCACCACCACCAGAUGCGCCCCUACCCUUUCGGCCACCCCCCUUUCCCCCUCCCCCCGGUGCACCCCCUCUACAACAACCUCGGCCCCAUCAACCUGGGCCCCAUCCCGGCCCCUUACGUGCCCCCGCUGCCCAACAUGAGAGUGAACUACGACUUCCCCCAAAUGAACCUGCCGUUGGAGCACAACCUGCCUAUGCACUUUGGGCCUCAGCCUCGCCAUCGGUUCUGACCCAAUAGUUGGGAGGAGGCGCCGUUCCUUCCGGAACUUGCUGCAGGGAAAGUCCACACACUGGUUGUCGAGGCUCCCCACCCCUCACUCCACAAAACUACGACGACGGCCAUCUUCGCUCUGGUUCCCUCGGCCCCUCCCCGUCAACGGGUCUCCCCACUCCAGAGGUGCGUUUCCCUGCCCUCCGCGAGGUGCAGGGGAUCCCACGUUUGCAAUAAGGCAAGGGUCUUCCAACUUGGCCCAAUUUAAGACUUGUGGGCUUCGGC